GAUGGCUAAAAUGAACGACAUAGCGUGGAUAUUUCCGUGCCUGGUUUGUCUGGCAGGAACCAGCGUUUUUCCAGCUGACGGAGUAGCCGGUCUUCCGACUUCUGGAAAAACUAUUGGUCAUACCAAGGUCCAGGCCGUAGAUGCUAACUUUACGGUAACGACGCGAUAUGCAACAGCACUUGAAGUUCAAUGGGAAGUGUAUCCGAAUGAUGAAAUUCAGUAUUGCAGCUUGGACAUCAUUCACGGGUCAACGCUAGAUACACGAGAUUGUUUGCAAGCGACUACAAAAAUGGCUGAAAAGUCCGCUGAUUCCGUGCUCGAUUAUUCGAAAAAAUACGGCAAAAAUAAUGCCAUUGCUUCAAAAUUUAAUGGAGAAGCCUUUUCUCCGUUGAAUUUACAGAGUAAAUUAAACGGCAAGAAUUUCUGGUACGAAAAAGAAGUUGAAAGAGACACAAGCUUUAUGGACCAGCUGGACGAAGGUCGAGGAAAUUCGGUCGUGUUCUACAACAUCACGGGUUUGGAUGUCUGUACUCCAUAUGACCUGGAGCUCACCAUAAUUCCCCUGGGAUAUGAAACAGAUUCAUAUUACUACGAAGGCGCGCUAGAGAAGGAAUAUACAGGACCUGAUGAAACUCUGCCUCCGAAGCAACUGUCCUGUUCGAUCAGUGAACAAAAUGAAGAUAUCUGGAUUUUCUCGUGGCAAGACCCAAUGAACGACUGCCCAACGUCGAAGUUCAAUGUUUCCUGGACCGCCCAGAGUCGCUGGAGUUCAGAUUUUGCCGGCUCAGGACUGCCAAUUAUAACAACAGAACAUAAAAUAGAAUUCAGCGACUAUCUACCGUAUGCAGAUUACUUUUUUUCAGUGUCCGCUGUCCAUUAUAAUGUCACAAGCGACAAUGGAACUACUGUAUGUACAUCGCCAGAGAGAGCACCAAGUGCACCUCAAAACGUGAGAGCCACGGACUACGAUCAGACUUCUUUGCUGGUGGAGUGGGACGCCCCGGUAGCUGCGAAUGGCAUCAUAAAAAGUUACGUCGUAUUCAUGAAUAACUCAAAAGAAAGCAUCUCUGUUGAUGUGAUUUCCCAAGACACGUUUUACGAAGCAACAGGACUCGAAUCCUGCCUCAACUACUCCAUCGAAGUGGUGGCUGUUAACGGGGCUGGAUAUGGACCGCCCAGCGACAUGAUUACGCACUUUUUCAAGGCUGAAGGUAAAAAUCGAUUGUUAUAUCAGUCAAUCAAUUCAAUUGGAUCAAAUUUAUUCAUAUUCUCUGUUCAAAUUUAG